CGGACCGGCAGUGUUUUCAAUCGGAGCAAUUACCACGGAAUGUGGUAGCCCGGCUGCUUGGAGCCGGACGGAGGGGGUGGGAAUAAUAAAACGUUAGGCGUGUCGGCGUCCGUUUUUUUACUUACGCGUUUUACAACCGAUUUGCGAAUCGUCGUCGCUCCGCCGAUCCCGCUUUCCCGUCUCGCCGCGCGGCAGCUCGACGAGCGUCCGUACUUCGGCGCUGACAUUCGGCUUCGCUGCGUAAUGUCAAGGGCGCACGUGGCCGCGACGCCGCGACGUUCCGAGGGUGCUUGGAUCGCGGAGCCGCUACGAUAGCGCGACGACGGAUACAUCAUCCCGAGCGCGCUCGCGUCUCUUCGCAUCUCGCGUAUUUACAUAUGUGUAAACUCGUCCGAAGGAGGGUAUGCUCUUAUGGGGUAGCGAGCGGCAGGUAGUCUUCGCCGUGGAAUGGAGACGGAGAGCGUGAAAUCCGGGGCUAGCGAGCAUAGCCAUAGCCACCACAGCAGGAGCUCCCAGAAGCAUCAUCGGUCUCACAGCUCCAAGCAGCAUCACAGACAACACUCUCACCGGACCACCAGGAGUAAUCGAAGUCAAAGGAAAGAGAGGCAGAAUUUAGACACUAGUGAAAUGGCUCCGUUCCAAACAACUGUAAAUGUACGUGGAGAUAGCGUAGAUAACAUGGGUCAGGAGGUGAUCGAAGUGCAGAUACUGCCACAGGAUGAGAACUGGGGAGAGAAUACCACAGCCGUAACCGGCAACACCUCGGACAGAUCGGAAUCGACCGAGGAUGUGAGUCAUUGGCCAAACGAGACCGAUGGAUCGUUUGGUUCUAGCUGCAAUCGCUACUUCGGUUCAAUCGUGGCUAUGAUACUCGGAAUAAGCGCCUUUCUUAGUCCUAUUGCCAUGGUAAUCUUGCCUAAAUUGGGAUUCUUUCCCGACUCAACGACGGUGUUGACGAUGCAGCAGAAACUACAGCUACUGUCGUGCAACGCCGAAUGCAAAGGCCAACUGUUAGGAUUAGCCUUCAAACUGGUGCUACUGGGUAUCGGUAGCUGGGCGGUAUUUCUGCGCCCGCGAAUCGCUACUAUGCCGCGCAUAUUUUUAUUCAGAGCGGGAGUGCUGCUGCUUACCAUGCUGUGCAUUUGUACUUAUUGGCUUUUUUACGUUGUACAGGUGACUGAGAGUGCUAAGACUGCUGCCAAUGGCGAAAUAACAGAGUACAAAAGUUUAGUAAAUUAUGCAGGUACCCUUGCUGAUACACUUCUGUUUAUACACUACGUCGCUGUGCUCCUUAUUGAAAUUCGUCAUCUACAGCCUACAUUCUAUCUAAAGGUCGUCAGAUCACCGGAUGGUGAAUCGAGAUCCUACGCGAUCGGCCAGCUAUCGAUACAGAGAGCGGCCGUGUGGGUCUUGGAGAGGUAUUAUACGGAAUUCCCGAUUUAUAAUCCGUACUUGGAAAGAUUGCCGGUCUCGAAAUCGGGCAGGAAGCAGUCGAGCUUCAAGUUCUACGAAGUUGACGGCGGGGUGACUGGCGCUUUGCAGUCGCGCGGAGGCAGCGGGGACCGAGCGGUUCUAGCGGCGCAGGCACGUCGCCGUGAUUCCAGUCACAACGAGCGCUUCUACGAGGAGCACGAUUACGAACGACGGGUACGUAAACGCCGCGCGAGAUUGAUCACCGCCGCCGAGGAGGCAUUUGCGCACAUCAAACGCCUGCAUUCCGAGGUGGAGUCCACGCCGAAUUCUGGACCGAUGGAUCCGAUGGAAGCCGCGCAGGCGGUAUUUCCUUCCAUGGCGAGGGCUCUGCAGAAAUACUUGAGAAUCACUCGACAGCAGCCGCGUCACUCCGUAGAAUCGAUUCUUAAUCGUCUUGCCCGAUGUUUAGCCCAAGAUGCGGCGCCGCGCGCAUUCCUGGAACCGUUCUUCGUUACGAGCCCGGUGCUGUCGAACGAGAAAGAGAGACAAAAGCGGUCGCAUCAUUGGGCCUUGGUGUGCGAGGGAGAGCUACCCUCUCGUCCAAUCGCCAACGGUUGUGAGUUUCAGUUGAGGCAGGGCGAAAUAGCACUCUUGUGCACGGCGUAUAGAAUUCCGCAUUUUAAUCUCACUGAACAAUUGGCACAUCCUAAGUCGAACAAAUUUCUUCUGCGGUUAAAUUCGGAAACUUCUGUGUAAAAUUGCCUAAGA